CACAAACGCUCGCUCCGAACUGUCAAAACGGAAAAGGCGGUUUGUGCAAAACAAAUCGUGCAUGCACCUCAGAACGCAAAAUUUAACUUUAAAUGCACGUAAAAUGCAGAUAGUGAAAUUGCAUUAGCUUUCCACGAUAAGCGUAAAGUUCCUAGUGUUCUCUGUAAAACUAAAAACUAGUGUUAACAACGUUAACUAAUCGUACCUACUCGGAGCCAUAGUUUUGUAGAAGGGGAAGGCUCUUUGUUCGUCCCUUCAUUUACCCAGCGUAAUAUCGAUUGAAUCCGCGCAAGGAAGGGCAAACACCUUGUCGGGCGAAGGCUAACCAGGUGAGGAAGGCUAGUUGUUGACUGGAUAUAAUAGCAGCGCAUAGCAGUGUUGACCACCCCGACGAACGAAACGAUGGCGCAUCGUGAAAUACUGCAGUCGAUUCGGGAGGACGAUUUCGUCGAAUAUUUCCUAUUUCCCGCACGUCCAUCCGAUCCAGCCGAUGCGGAGCUGGAGAAUAGUGAAAACCCACUGGAGCCACUCCUUCUCGAGGUGAAUCGGUUGGCGGAGGCAUUCUGCCAGCGGUACAUCUGGCAUCGUGAUUCAUUUCGGGUAGUUCCAAGGUUGCUGAACGAUUCGCGGAUGCUCAUCGCAGCGGCCACGGGAGAAAACGGCACAGCGAGCGCGACCCUACCAUCUCAUCUGUACGGGAUUUCCCAUGUCGGUGACAACAUUCAAGAUGAAUGGUUCAUUGUCGCACUGCUGUUCCAUCUGACCGAACGCAUACCCGGGCUGGUGGCGCGUGUGGUUGAUGCCGAUGGCGAGUUCCUGCUGAUUGAAGCGGCCGAACAGUUGCCUCGCUGGGCAAACCCGGAAAGCUGCGAAGGUAAAGUUUUCAUCUGUGAUGGAACAUUACGGCUAGUGCGAUCGAGUGAAGCUAACGAAACGCAAGAUUCAUUAGAGGUGCAGGAUGCGCUCGAGCUGGCCAGAGGAACGGAGGGAAUGAAAUAUUGCGUUAGCGAAGAGGUGGAUCAAUGCAUACGCGAAAGGAUUCAAGGCUUUCCGAAUGAAAUUCCCGACCAUCAACACCGUGCGACGGUUAGCGUGCCCGUUGGCGUUGCGGCAGUGCUGCGUGAAAACCCCCAACUAGUGGCUCCGGCAGUGUUAGCAUUCUGUGGCCGUGAUCCAAUCGAUCUGAAAGCGUGUCGUGCCAUGCGAUACUUUCCACCGGAAAAUUGUGUGAACGUUAGUGUAACGUUCACGAAAUGUUUGUAUGCCAUGCUUGCUCAGAGCCGGUACCUUCCCGACCGGAGAACAGGGUGGAGUAUUCCACUGUCUACCGAUCCGGAGUAUAAAGCGCACAUGCUGGGUGUGAAACUUGCCUGCGGGUUCGAAAUAUUAGCAUCACAGGCUAAAUCAUCCCGCACCGACUGGGAAACGGACAAGGGCUGGAAAAGUUACUACGAAUCACUCAAAGCAAAGGGAUAUUUCCGUGACAAUAUCGAAGGAUCGCAAGAGCACACGAAACUGCUCACCAUCGCCAGGGAAUACUACGUGGACAACAGGGAUUCGAUGCGCACCACACCGAAGAUUGGUGAAGAAAUCGUUUCCAUUCUUAAACGCAACGAAUGGGACGUGGAGGAAUUGCGCAAGGAGGGUCUAGAGCUGCCACCGGCAGACAGUGACGAUUGGAUGAACAUUUCGCCCGAGGAGCUGGAUGAAAUGCUCACCAAGCGGUACGGGGCCAAAAAGCUGUUCUCGUUAAACGGUAACACAAAUGCGGCCGAAACGUUUACCUCGAUGGUUAGCGACUUCCUGGACCAGAAAAGUGAAUUCGAUGGCGUUGUUGUGGAGGAUGAAGAUGAAAGAGCGGCAAAGGCAGUGUUGGCAAAGCUCGAUCUAGGACCACUUCGAUCACCCACGAAACCGAAACGCACCAAAAGUAAAAACGCACACGAUCGACAGACGAAAACAACGCAGCAGCAGCAGCAGCACAACAAACACACGGUGGCACCGUCGGACACGAUGGCACAGGAAUCGCCGUUCCAUCAGUCGGCAACGGUAGAGUUUGAUGCGGGUGCCUUUGGAAUGCACGUGCGAAAUAUGCUCGAUUUGCUCAUACCCGAGGAUCGGUGGGAUUCGUCGGACGAAUCGGAAAUGAGCGAUUACAGUCAGGAUGAGUACGAUCGGAACAUUGAGGAUAUGUCACCGACGCGUACGCACCGUGCCGUACAGAACGAACUAAAAACGUACAUGGAUCAGAUGGAUCGCGAACUAGCCGGUACUACGAUUGGGAAGAGCUUUGAAACUGCCAUCGACGAUGAAGAUGGAGCGGAUGGAAAACCUUCUGCUACGGCCAAUUCAACCGCUGGUGAUGAUUUCGACGAUAUUGAAUCAUUCAAACCGGUCAACAUCGAUAUGAACACGCUGAAGAAUAUGAUGGAAAGCUAUCAGUCGCAGAUCGGUGGUCCUGGUCCGGCGGCCAAUCUACUCGGUUCGAUGGGCGUACAGAUCUCGAAGGCUUCAAAAGCGGAGAAAGGAAGCACACAGCAAACCGAUGUCUAAUGUCGUUCAACUGUCGCUCAAGCCAUGUUUAGGGGUAAAGGUACAUUUUCCACUCCCACCAUGACCAUGGUGUUGUGCGUCCCAGUAAUGCUUACAUCACUGUCUCUCCUUUGUGCCAGUUAGGUGAAUGUUUUCUUUUGGUAAAACAUUCCUCCGCUUUAUAACCUUUAAGGAUCGAAGCACCGCCAUCCCCCGUAACACACACACACCCUUGUGUUGUAUAUCCAUUUGCGUCCAAUAUGCUACAAAUGCAUUUUAAUCAUUAUCUAUAGAAGUAUCAGUAAGGGAACUUAGUGUUUUUGGGUUUCAAUGCGGAUAGAAUCCGUGCUCCAUGUGUUUUAUCUCGCUAAGCGUACGCAUAUCUUUCCUACUCUUAGGUGAAUUCGGAUUAGUAAUUCGCAAACAGUAACAACAACAAAAAUCUCCUUUUUCCCUUCCAAUAGAUAAAUCUGCAUCUAGAACAGUGGAAGCGACCAAUCUGUUAGAUAGAUAUGGAAUCGAGUUUGAGCCGAGAUUAGUGUUGAAUGUUCGGAGAAGAAAGGAAAGUUGAAGUUGGAGAUAAUUUAAGAGGUGAAAUGUUGGUGCUGAAUCGUAAAUGAACGUACAAAACUGUUAACUGAGCAGAAGAGAUAGCAGCUUUAUCUAAUAGGAAGCGAUUAUUUUCUAUAUCAAUCCUUUUAUGUAUCAGAAUAAUAGUAACCAUGAUGUAAACCUCUAGCUGUCGAUAUCGGUGGUAUUCCCCGUAAGUAUUAAAUCCCCCUUCUCAAGCUGUAAUCGUACAGUACUUACCGUAAUUGCUGAAUGAACAAAAACAAAAGCUAUAGCUAAAUGUACGACUUUCCUCGACGGAUUUCUGUUGUGGUGUUAGGUUAGUGCUCCUGAAGAAAAGCAAAUAUUUAUGCUUUAAAUCGCCAAUCUUCCGAAGAAGGCUUAAAAGUGUCAUAAUUUUAUUCCCAAAACGCUUGGAAGGAAACAUGAUUAGAAACACUAUCGAUUGCAUACAUUCAGGUGUUACGAACCGAACAGGUUAACCGUCGUAGCAAAGUAAUACAUUGCAAAGCAAACAAACGUAUGCUUGUAAGCGAAUAAUAUGAAUUUAAACCAUGAUACGGUCUACAUAUGAAACGGAACGCGAACUUUUUGUAACGUCUACACCUGCAGCGGAAAGUAAUAAAACAUUAUGCCAUGCACACUCCCAUGUAUGUAAUAUUAAAAA